AUGCUAGAGACACGAAGCAAAGUGGAGACGGGACUGCGCUGGUAUUCGACCAUGGUGUCAGACCACCGGGAAAGCAGCGAAGCCUACUUCCCUGCGCCCGCAGAAAGCGGAAAACAAACUGCAUCAGGCGUGGACAAAGUCACCUACACGGACUAUCGGGAGAACUACGAAAACAACGUAGAAGACCUGAUCGUUAGGUUAAAGCGUCAAAGUUACAAAGCGAGGCUGGUAAAACGGAAACACAUACCCAAAUCCCCUGGAAAAACUCGACCGCUGGGCAUCCCAGUGCUAGAGGACAAACUGCUACAAACAGUAGGCUCAGAUCUACUGAGUGCGAUCUACGAGCAGGACUUUCAUGAUUUCAGCUACGGCUACAGGUCAAAGCGGGGAGCGCGCCAAUGCGCCGACGACCUUACGGUCAGAAUGCAAUUUGGACGCUUCGGAUACGUGGUAGAGGCCGAUAUCAAAGGCUUCUUCACACAUAUCGAUCAUGAAAUACUGUUAGAAUUGAUAGCCAGACGGGUGGAUGACAAACGGUAUCUUCGACUGAUCAGGAAAUGGCUCAAGGCAGGUAUCUUAGAAGAAGACGGCGCGAUAGCGUAUCCAGAGGAAGGCACGCCACAGGGCGGCAGUAUCUCACCGAUACUGGCGAACAUCUAUCUACACUACGCCAUCGAUGAAUGGUUUGAGAAAGUAGUAAAACCGCACUGUGAAGGAGACGCGAUAAUCUGUCGGUACGCGGACGAUUUUGUCUGCGCCUUUCAAAACAGGCGCGAUGCUGAAAAGUUUUAUCGCGUACUACCCAAACGCCUGGAACGAUUCAAACUCCAGGUAGCCGAAGACAAAACCAACUGCAUCCGCUUUAGUCGGUUCGCAGGCGGCCUGAAGAAUCGAUUUACCUUCCUGAGUUUUGAGUUCUACUGA